AUGACAAGCUCGUCGCCGCGUGUGUCCUCGGACAGCACGAGUUUUGACCAAUUACAAGCGCUACGGAACGUCCAACUUAUUACACAUAAUGAAUAUCCAUUGCGUCAUCUUGCACGUGAGAAAGUACGGCGACGAGCACGUCAAGACGACGACGAGUACGAUGACGACGACGACGAUGAUGAUGAAGAGAGUGCAUUGUGUUUUUGUACAUAUCCCGACGCUGGAGAACGACAAGUAGCAGAAGAAGAAGAAGAGACACGACGUUGUGAUGAUGUUUCAUGCUUGAAUUUUGCAACGUACGUGGAAUGCUCAUUGUCCUGUGCGACGGGUGUAUUCUGUCGUAAUCAGAGACUACAACAUCCGGAACGUUAUCCUCAAUUAGAACCAUUUAAGACUGAAUAUAAAGGCUAUGGAGUACGUACAGUACAGAAGAUUGCACAACGAGGAAUUGUGGGUGAGUACGUUGGUGAAAUUAUUGAUGAAAAGGAAUUAGCAAGACGUUUAAAGAGCGUACCGAGACAUGAACUUAAUUUUUACUACCUGUUAUUAGCUCCUGGUGUCUAUAUUGAUGCCCGAAACAAAGGAAGUUUUACAAGGUUUGUAAAUCAUAGCUGUGAACCAAAUUGUAAGACAGAGAAGUGGACAGUGAAAGGAGAGACUAGAAUUGCAGUCAUUGCAUUGCGAGAUAUUAACGUGGGUGAAGAGCUGACGUUUGAUUAUCAGUGGAAAGCCUUAGGAUCGAGACAGAUUACGUGUUUUUGUGGAGCAAAGACUUGUAAGGGAUUUAUUGGUACGCAGAAUGACGCGCUGCAGAAUGCAGAGAAUCAGACAGGAUACUUUCGUGACCCAGAAAGUCAGGAAAUUGGACGAGCGUUGGUAGGACGACGUGUACGCGUUUUCCGCUCGCCUGAGGAUAAAACAGAGCAUGACGUGCAGCUUAUUAAGGCUUAUGACGAAGAGCAGGAUCGGUAUGAGGUGGAGGAUCUGCUUGAACCCGCAGGAUUUGAGAUCGAUGAAAAUGACGCUGAAGAGGAACUAGAUGCAGCUGAGAAACAGUAUGUGCAGCUUAAGGAAAACGGCUGGCAGAUCUUUUGUCCCCCGGGAGAUGAAGUGGGCGAGACGAUUUUUGCGAUCCCGAAAAGACGUUUUGUGCUAACUCCGUCGGGUAUGUCAAGUGCUGCUGGAAGCAGGGAUCCAUCACCUAAACGAGAAACAGUGCUACAGUCGCCUGUCCGCACUCCGUCACCGAUGACCACAGCCAGAUUGGAGAGCAGCAUCAGCACGAGCAAAAAAACUCAGUUUAGGGAGCUAGUCGAUCGUGACAGCAAAGCAAUGUCCAACAAAUUGCUGGUGAAGUUUUUGCCGAAAGAGUACGAUGCACGUGCUUUGCGCAGCUUGUUUAUCAGUCGAAAGCAUCCAAAUGCACUUGUAAAUGCCGACGUGUUUAAUUUUUUGGAUGGUACGGGCUGGGCACUUGUGGAAUUGGAAAGUGCCGAGCUUGCGUCUUGGUUUCGCCGCACCUUGGAUCGCCGUAAUCUACUCGACAGGAUGUUACGAGUGUAUCAAGCCGGCGCCAUGGAGUUAGAAAAUUUUCAUCACCAGAAAAGUAAAGUGCGGAUGAUGCGUCAACAGGGAAUGACGGAGAGGACGGGCACAUUGCCUUUAGCAGAAAAGGAAAGUGUGUCUGAGGUAAAACGGAGAGAUUCUUAUUGCUUUGGCCGAAAGCUCAAUUGGCUCGUUACCAAAGCGGAGUUAAAAAAAUUGGCUGUUCAGCAAGUUCUAUCUGCAUCGCUAGAGGAAACGCUGCGCGUGAAAUAUGUGAAAAGCAUUUUUUGCAUCGCCAAAGGAUUGCGUCUCGACCGAGAGGAUGCCACCAGUGCCAUUAUUGCGCUGAACCGGUACUUCACGUUUCACACAAUGCCGAUGGAGGUUGACAUUUAUGCUGCGGCGAUGCUACAACUGUUUUUAAAGGCCCACGCUCGAAAAGUACCAUGGACUGCCUUUGUGAAAGAAGUAUACAAGGCAAAGCAUGGUUCUCCUGCCGUUAAACGUCUCACAACCGCCUCCCCUGAGCUUGAAGCUCUUAAUCGCCGCCUUGUUAAAGCGGAGGGCGAGUUACUGGAAGGAUUGCAUUACGACAUAACGGGAGACGAUCCGUACGCGCUGUUGGACCUUUUUACAACACGCAAAGGCUCAAAAAAGCUUGUAGCUUUGUCUCAAAGAAGCAAUGUCCAUCCAGUAGACCCGUUUUUCCACUCACUGCCUCCACCAGAAGUGCAAAAAGAAGCGAAACAUUUGGUGUCAGAAGCCUUACCGCUGUCCAUUUGGACGCACACACCCGUGGAGUGUAUCAUGCUCAGUGUGGUAUACGUGAGCGCUGCUGUAAUCAAAGCACUGAAUUAUAGUCCGUCUUCUCCCAUUGUCAAAAUCCCCGCAUUUUUGCCGCAGUUCGACAUGCAAUCUAAUGCAGUUGAAGCGCGCAUGCUACUGGAUUGCUCCUUAUUCAUUUGUACUCAGUUGAAAGAGCGAUGGGUGCGUUUACAAAAGCAGUCACAGAUAGCGCAGCAGAAAGAGCCGAGGAAUCCCGAUUUGAGUGAGUUUGAUUUGGAACAAUUUGCCGUGUCUCGGGAGAAAAAGGAUGUGGAGAUUUCGGAACGAAUAGCUCGAUCGUUGAGAGAAUGGAUUAAUGUGCCUUCGAUGUCCAGCUUGUCAACCAGUUCUUCCGCGGUGUCGGAUACAACUCCGGUGUUAUCUUCUUCGUCAACUAAUGCAGUUUCAACGGCAGCAGAUAAAAAGUCGUCGACUGUGACGCCGUCACUCAUCGGAGAGAAGAAUUGCCUUACGUUAAAAGCAAUGGGAAGCUCAGUGUCAGUUCCCAGCUGGGCUACAAGUCAAAGUGGUGACAGUGUGGGCAUUGUCUCGGCGUUCUCAAUCUUUUCGAAGAAAGUUGCCGCAAAUGACACGAGAGUUGAGGGUAUUCGCCUGCACACAGACGAAAUUACCAAGGUUGAGUCUAUUCGGAAACGAGCUUUUUUGGGAGCAAUUUCAAGCGAGGUGAGCCUUGAUCUGGCUGGACAGCCAGUAUAUCUGCAGUCGUGGCCAUACCUUGAGCAGGAAAUGUUUUUUACGGAAGAAAAAGGCAUCAAUGAAGCAUGCCUGCGCGAGCUAUCUGCGGCAACCACCCUUUCGUCGCUCUUGCCAGAUCGUUUUAUGAAGCUUUAUGGAGUUGUUUUCCCGGCUGAUCGCAAGGACCGGCAGAUGAACGAAUCAGGAGCAACCAGUACCGACGUUGAUGAUUUAGACUUGCUCGCAGCUACAAUCGAUGACGACGGUAAUCCUCUGCCUGAAGGCAUGGAUAAACUAGCUCCACAGAAGCACUACUUGGCGUUUGAACAGCCGCUGCACAUGUUCUCGGGUCUUAUUGAGGCUCACUUGUCGCUCACACCGGAACUGCGUAAGAAGGCCGUUUUUGAUAUGCUGCAAAGUCUUUCCGCUGUCCACGAUCAAGGAUAUGUCCACCGCUUUGUUGCCCUCUCGCAUGUCUUAGUGUUUAAAAAUGGUAUCAAACUGGGUGGCUUUCAUGCCAUGCGCAAGAUCGCCAACAUUAAGCCAAAGGGUGGUGAAGGUCCUUUGAUUGCUGCUUACGAAAUGACUGACAACGAGCGUAAAGAACACUGUUACGGCGCGUGGCUGUACGUAACUGCGCCUGAAGUACUGUUAGGUGAAACGAAGUACACAUGGCGUUCGGACGUAUGGUCCGCAGGUUGUGUGGCGCUUGCUAUUCUCCUUGAGAAAACGCCAUUCCUGCAAGGGCAGGACCUCAAGUUACAGCUUGAUCUGAUAUAUCGUCUCUGCGGCACUCCGAGUUCAUCCUGGGAAGGCGCACACAAGCUCCCGCUAUACAAUGCCUUUCGACCUAAGCACGAGUACAAGAUGCGCCUCCGCAAGACACUUUUGGAACAACGAUCUAAAUUCCCAGACUUUCCCGAAAGUGCCGUUGAAAUGCUUGAGGCAAUGCUGCAAUUGGACCCUGCAAAGCGCAGCACGGUGAAAAGGCUGUUAAAUAUGCGUUACUUUGACAGUAUUCGUAGCAGCGAGCAGACAUUUGACUACAGCAGACUAUCACCAACGUUCCAUGUGCAGAAAAGAAAACUCAUGCAGCACUUGUUGAAACCAAAGUCCAAGAAGUACCGAAGUGCUGGUAGCAGUAGCCGUAGCGCAUCUGCACGAUCUUCGCAUCAACUUUCUUCGCACAAACACAGCAGCAGUGAGCACCAUCGCCACAAGCGAUCCACGGCAUCGGCAAUCGAUGUGUCAGUUUCCGGCGACAAACCUAGCCAUUAUGACCGACAUAGGACCAGAAGCGACAAGCGGAAAGUGAGACCAUUGUCGACUUCACGACGAGAAGUCCAGCUCGACACCGUUCUUGCAGGUGUUGAGGAUGUGGGGAUGCAUGAUAGCAGUGAAUAUGUUCCGCUCCCCGCUAGCUUCACUGCCUCUGCUGAACAUUUACGUUCGAUGGUAGAUGGCGGUAGCUUGCCCCCGCGUGAAAAACGUGCAAAGCUUGGCUGGGGAAUGGGACUCAACUCAGAAUCAUAA